GAUGCUGGCGUGCUGUUCCGGUGACUCAAGAACAGUGUGAGGAAGCGCCUAUGAACUCUACAGGUGUCAUCAGGGAGCGACACUUGGCUAGUAGACCGCGCUAGCCGGAUGGGUAACAUCUCCGACGGGGUCAAGCACUGCCUGAGCUAUGAGACUCUCUUGCAGGAUUAUCCAUGGUUGCCACGUCUCCCAUGGGAAGAGAAGUGUUCUCAACUGCCUAAGCUUCCACAUUUUGUCAAAAUUGUGGAGGUUGGGCCAAGAGAUGGACUUCAAAAUGAAAAGGAAAUCGUGCCAACAGAGGUCAAAAUCCAGUUAAUAGACAUGCUGUCUCAGACCGGCUUGCCUGUGAUCGAAGCCACAAGCUUUGUGUCUUCAAAGUGGGUAGCACAGAUGGCAGACCACACAGCUGUACUUAAGGGUAUUAAAAGGUCUCCUGACAUUAGAUACCCCGUUCUGACGCCAAAUUUUCAGGGCUUCCAGGCAGCUGUUGCAGCAGGCGCUACUGAAGUGGCUGUCUUUGCAUCCGCUUCAGAGACGUUCAGCAGAAAGAACAUUAACUGCUCCAUAGAGGAGAGUUUACAGAGGUUCGAGCAGGUCAUCUCUGCAGCCAAACAGGAAGGCAUAACAGUGCGUGGGUACGUUUCAUGUGCGCUCGGCUGCCCCUACGAGGGACAAGUAAAACCAUCAGAAGUCACAAAGGUGGCUAAGCGGUUGUUUGAGCUGGGCUGUUACGAGAUAUCCCUUGGGGACACCAUUGGCGUAGGCACUGCGGGCUCCAUGGCCAAGAUGCUGAGCGAUGUGCUGACAGAGGUGCCCGUAAGUGCCCUGGCCGUGCACUGCCAUGACACCUAUGGUCAGGCACUACCCAACAUUCUCAUUGCUUUGCAGAUGGGGGUUUCUGUGGUUGACGCCUCGGUUGCAGGCCUUGGAGGGUGCCCAUUUGCCAAGGGAGCAUCUGGCAAUGUUUCUACAGAAGAUGUUGUAUAUAUGCUGCAUGGACUUGGAAUUGAAACUGGAGUGGACCUGUUAAAAUUGAUGGAGGCUGGAGAGUUCAUCUGCCAAGCCUUGAACCGAACCACUAACUCCAAAGUUGCCCAAGCUAUGAAAUCAUCUUAGCUUUUACAUUCUAGCCCAGGUAAAAAUUAUACUUAAAUGUACUACAAAUAUACUUAAAUACAAGCAAGUACAUUUUUAGUCCAUUGUAGUAUAUGUGCUAAAUAAAAGCAUAAUAUGUAUACACUACAAAUAUACUAAUAAAAAGUAUUGCAUUUUUACUGCAGUUUCCCGGACAGGGUUCAGAUUAAUCCAGGACUUUUUCGUGCUGUUUUCGUUUAGGGCAGCUCAAACAUUACUUUAGUCUGGGACUAGACUUAAGCCCUGUCUGGAAAACAUCCUAUAGAGUUUAUGUUAAGUACUAAAGACUGUGUUUUUGUAUAUUUUGAGUACAAAAUUAAUGCAUGAAAAUUGUAUAUUUUACUAAGUAUACUUAAAAAAGUGAAUUUUAGUCACCUUUUUGAACUAUAGGAAACAAAUAAAAAUAAAGUAAAAUAAAAAAAUACUUUGGAUUCUGCACUAUUUUUAGGUUCAAGCUAAUGUGUUACAUUGAUUAUGUAAACUUUACCUAAAUAUGUUUGAUUCUAUUGUUUGUAAUUUUCAAGAUUCUAAUGCAUGAGUUUUAUUUAAUUAUAUUUACAAUGUCUAACAGUGGCUAUAACAAGAAACAAUUAAAACAUAUUUUACACCAAAUAGAUUGAGGACAAGACAUUUGAGAGAAGAUUCAUUUCUUUUGUAUAAUUUCUGUCAGGCAGAAAAUCCUAGAAAUAGGCAGCAAAAUAUUUACUGUUUGUUAUUUAUUUGUUAUUUUGUAAGUAUGCAUUUUUGUUUUAUUAUUAUUUUUUUUCUUCUCCACUGUGAUUAUUUUCUGAUGCAAUGAGAUUAGCCCAGCUUGUGCAGAGUCAAGUGGUUACAUCAGCAGGUUGAAAGCAAUAAGAGUUUGAUCGGAAUAUAUUGUACCUCAUAAUCUAACAUAAAGAUGAGCGAAGAUGACUUGUCAAAUAUACGAAGGACAUAAUCUACAGCUUCUAGCUCAGGUUUGUGGAGGGAAUUCACCUGGAAAAACACUUUUAGAUUCUUUAUAACCCCUAAUAUACAGUUAAAAUGACACAGAGUAAAAAUCCUGAACAUGGUCAGUGUUGGAGAAUGUGUGGUUAUAUGUCUGCUGGUCACUUCCAUAUCUUUUGGGAAUGCCAAAUUAUUUCUUUUAUUUUGAUAGAGGUGUUGAAGGUAAUUAGGUCAAUAUUCGGCUCAGAAGUCAAGUUUAAUUUCAUAUUCAGGAAAUCUACCAUCAGGGCUGAGAAAGACAGACAGAUUUUUGUUACAAAUACUUUUAGCAGGUAGCAAGAAAACAAUAACUAGGAAAUGACUAAUAAAGAUUCCCCACAAUUGAUAAAUGGAUAGAAAAAGAUAUGUGAAGUAUAUUGGGAAAAAUAAUAAUAUUUUAUCUGAACACAAAUUAAGAUGUAUAUGCCUUUAUUUAUUUAUUGUCAUUUAUUUAUUUUUCACUUUCCUUUUCUUUUUUUACAUGAUGUUGAGCACUUCUGUAAAUCUAUAAUGAGUUUGCCCUGGGUCUGUCUGGUUUUCUUUUAUUGUUUUGUCAAAUAAAUAAAGUUAAAAAAAUAUAUAUUUUAAUAUGCCCAUCAAUGCCACUGUAAAAUGCAGAUAAAUGCAUAUGUGUAACUGCAUCUAUUCUUGGCAACUGUAAGAAUGACUAUAAUAGGCUAAUAAAUAUAUACAAGAGAGUUAUGCCUUAUACAUUAGUAAUAUUUACUCUAACUAUUUCCCCGCCAUUGAUGAGUUAAUCUUGUCAAUUAAUAUAUACACACAAAUAAAUAAAUAAAUAGAUAUAUAGGAUGAAAGAUAGUGUAAGGGUUUUGCCUUGUCAGGGUUAUUAUAGUAAACUAAAACUAUCACGAAAACUGAAACUAUUAGUGAAAAAACAUUUUUGUUUAACUGAAAUAAAAUAAAAACGAAGGUUUUCAAAAAAAAACGAAAACUAAACUACAACUAUAAUGUUGACCUGCAAAACGAACUAAAAGACUUUGGCAAUAUGCGUUCUUCACAUAGACAGUAAAAAAAUGGACACAGCGACCCCAUUGAAUUCAACGGAGACAAUUGAAGUCAAUUAGAAGCACCCACUUCCUGGGUGUCGAGCGUACAGCGCAGACUCAAACUGAGCUUGAUGAUGUAGAUAUCACGUGAGCAACCUAUCUGACAAUUGUAAGUCUUCUAAUAGCCAUGCCAAGAGAAAUCUGAAUCACCCGCCGAAUCUUGCAGAGACGGCGAGCGUGAACAGAAACACAUUUGGGUAAGUAUUCGGAUUAAUAAUCUCCCUUGAUUUUAUGCCUCCAUGUCCACCCGAUUGCCUCAUAGACAGUAAAAGAUUGCCUCCGAGCUUCUCCUCCUGUCUAUAGGGUAAUUUCUCUGCUGUGCGACAGAGAGUCGCAGGUUAUGACGCAAUCGUUAGCAUAUUUUUACAAAAACUGCUUCUACUUGGACAUAACGUAAGAUACAAGGUAAUGGAGCCUUUUAUACAUUUUCGUGUUUCUUUAGAAAUAAUUAAAGGACAAUUGGAGUCUUUAAACAUAUCAGAUGUAAAGUUAUUCGCUGUCAGAGUGAAGCAAAAAUGAAUGGGAGUCAAUGGGAUGCUAACAGCAGGUGGGUGUUCACUAAGCAAUGGCGGCGCCCGGGGAAGCUUCAAUAAAAUAUGAAACCCUGCCCCCCUAGUUCUUCAGUGAUCUUGCGUCCUUGUUCUCGCUCUACGUCAUCAUUAAAGCGUAACUAAACCCCUGGUCAGAGCCUGACUCCACCCACUGCAAUAUUUGAAAAAUGCAAGAAAAGUGGGCAGAUCCCAACGGAGAUAGAGGGGACGAACUAAGUGUGUGGUGAGACCGUAACAAGGGCGUGGUGAGCUUGAACCUGCUUACGUCACGAGUCAUUUCUUGGACCCAACAUCCAAUAGGAAAAUUCAACUGCAGUAGCCACCGUUCAACCUCAAGAGGGCAGCACUUAGACGUUUUUACACCAUAUAUUGUAGUAUUGAAAC